AUGAAUAGGGAUGCCCCAUCGAGUGCUUUUCAGCUGCAGACAUUACCUGAUGAUGAAGCCAUUGCUGCGGCUGUUUCAACAACAUUGCCUACAUUUGGUGUUAAAGUCUUGAAGCACCUUCAACUGCUUGCUCUACGUCGACUGACUGCAAAACGGCUUCCAGUGAUAUCCCAAGAACAAUCUGGUGUUGUUGUGUUGCCUUUGAAGCCGAGCGGUGAACGGCACUACAGAGAUCCAAUCUGUGGCAGAGAUCUGUGGCAGUUGUCAUCGAUGAAGCGCAUACUGUUGUGCAGUGGUGAGUUUGAAGAUUUAGACUCUACUUGGGCCAGAGCGAGUUUACACGUUAUGAGGAUCUGUAGGGGUGAAGUGAGCUUUGACUGCACUGAUGGUCAUGACAACAACCCUUUCUGUAUUUGGUGUGGUCUCGUAAAUGAGUUGAGACCAUUGUUGGACGUUUCGUGUCUGGCCUUGACAGCAACAGCUUCCACUGAUACAAGAAGUAUUCUAAAUCAAACUUUGGGUAUACGCAAUGCAGUGCAAACUGUCAAGAGUCCAGAUAGGCCCAACAUGUUAAAGUGCAUCAAGAAAGUGCAUCCAGAUUCAGAAACGACUUUCUGUUGGAAACUCAAAAUGCUCCUGCAUUUUAUACACUCACUUUCAGAAUUUUUAGGAGGAAAUACAUUCUUUCCUGAAGGUGAGAACAGAAUGGAAAACCGUCUGAUAGAGAUGUUUCAUUCCACCACACCCGAGACCAACAAAGAGCUCAUAUUGGAAUCACUUUCAGACACCAACAAAAAGUGCCAAGUAGUGCUUGCUACCAAUGCCUUGGGAAUGGGUAUUGAUGCCAAAGGACUGUACACAUGCAGUUCUCCACAAUGGUCCCUCCAACUGUUUGGAAGCCUAUAUGCAAGAGAUAGGGCAAUGUGGUCGAGAUGGGACUCAGAGUCUGGCUCGUUUGUAUUGCCAUAUAGACAACAACUGGCUCACAUUGAUUCCAACUCGUUGCCAGAUCUAAGUGAAGCUAAGGCAAAAGAUGUUUUUGGUAUUAUUGAUUUGGUAUUGAAUUAUGAACAGUUUGAUAGUGCUGGCUAUAUCUCGUCAAAGGCACUAUUGUAA